GAUGAGUCUAAGUCGCUUCAGCAAUAGUUUUGUGUACAGAGGUCAAUGGAGAUGGAAAGUAUGAGCGGAUAAGUGGAACAAGCCUUUGGUGGAGGCACAGUUUUAGGUCUUGGUGGAGGCACAAUUUUAGCCAAAAGAAGCCUUAUGAUCUUAGCAAAGCAACGAUGCGCAAGAAAAUAAGGUUCACUGUUUCUCCCGAGGAGAUUGAUGAUGAUACAUCAGAGAUUCCAUCCCCGCCAAAGAAAACUUACAAGGAUCCCGACGGUGGAAGGCAACAGUUCUUACUGGAACUUGAAUUCAUUCAAUGUCUCGCCAAUCCUACUUACAUCCACUACCUGGCACAGAAUCAGUAUUUUGAAGAUGAAGCAUUUAUUGAAUACUUGAACUAUCUUCAAUAUUGGCAGCGACCAGAGUACAUCAAGUUCAUAAUAUACAUAUGGAGAGGAUAACUAACAUGUCUUUUUCAUAUAUUCAAAGUGAACUAGUAGCUGUUCAUUGGACUGUUUCUAGAAACGCUAAGUGAGCAGCUAAAAGAGAGCCUUUGCUACAAGUAAGAAAGGCUUGGAUGGGUUACAUGUACAUGUCAAAUAGUGUUUCUAUUCUUUUUAAUGUUAAUUUUAUUUUGUUUUAGACUUGGUGACACUUUGUUAUGUAAGACUUAUUUUGG